AUGACCCACCUCAGCCGGAACAGCGGUGCAUCGCUCGACAUCCUAGAGUCCAAAGUGGAGCCACCGCAACGACACUCCAAGGCGCUGCAGUUAUGGGCUCUAGGAAUCGGCGCCGUGAUCAGCGGCGAAUACUGCGGAUGGCAAUCCUCACUCGUCGCUGGCUUUACCGGCAUGCUCAUCGUGAUGGGCAUGAUGGCGGUGCUGUACGUGACGCUGUCGUUCUCUGGCUUGGCGGAGACGCUCAAGGUGAUCGCCGUCAACUCGUCGACUUUCUACACCAUCUACUCGUAUCUUCAGACGCUUUUCAACGCGUCAUUCCGGAUGCAGGCUUGUUCAACGAAGCUCUGCGUGCUGUUGCAGCUCAUCAUGUUUUUCUCGGCCAUCCCGCAUCUGAGCUACAGCCGAUGGGUCCUACCGUUAGCCAGCGACGAAACAAUCGAGCCUGAGAAGAGCAUUCCUCGCGGGCUGCUCUUGUGCAUCUCGACUCUUGUGGUCCUAUUACGGUUUACGGCACUGGUGCAACCACAACCUUCGUCAAGUGAAUGA